AUGUCACCUGUGCUGUCACUCGAAGGAAAGACCGCCAUCGUCACUGGAGGUGCUGGAGGGUUAGGACUUGCUAUCACAGACCUCUUCCUGGAAGCAGGAGCGAGCGUAAUUGCUGUUGAUAUCAACACGGAUCUGGUGCAGAAAUUUGAAGCUACCCACGACAAGUCAAAAGCGAUUGCCGUUGAAGCAAACGUGACUUUGGAGGAUGACCUACAAGAUCUGUUCAAAAUGGCAGUCAAGCGCUUUGAUCAUAUCGAUAUUAUUGUCAACAAUGCAGGACUUACUGAUCGCCUUGAUCCGGUAGGCACCCUAGAGAAGGAUCUCUGGGAUCGUAUUAUUGCAGUCAAUUUGACUGCACCUAUGAUGGUCACAAAAUUCGGAGUGAAUCACAUGUUGGAAAAGCAGAUUAAGGGCUCAAUCAUCAACAUUGGAUCCGUGGCCGCCCUGCGCGGAUUUGCAGCUGGUGCUGCUUAUACUUCCUCCAAGCAUGGUCUUGUGGGAUUAACAAAGAACACAGCUUCCUUUUACACGGACAAGGGUAUUCGAUGUAAUGCUGUGCUCCCGUCAGGGAUGGAGACCAAUAUCUCCAAGACCAUUACGAGCAUCAACGACGAGGGCUACGAACACCUAAUGAAGGGACCUGUAACCAUGGUAAAUCCCAAGGAAGUUGCUCAGACUGUUUUGUUCCUGGCCUCAGAUGCCUCGAACACAAUCAGUGGAUCCUGCAUCGCUACGGACCUUGGCUACGCAGCUUCUUGA